CUGCUCUUUCUGGGCGGAAGUGACCUGCCUGGGUCCCGGCUGAGCGGCAACAGAAGCCCCUGGGCCGCCGGCGUUCUUCGGUUGCUCCGUGACAGAGAGCGGAGGAAGGAGGAGGCGGCCCUGGCCCUGGCCUCCGCGAUGGCCUCCUCCUCCGCCGCCGCCGCCGGGCCUCUUGCUCCGCAGAAGGAGCUGGUGUACAACGGGCUUCUUCCGUACGGAGAGCGGCUGGAGGGCGAGGCCCGGCGCCUCCUGGCCCACAUCAAGGCCAACCUCAGCCGCGCCGUCCAGCUCCAGGAGCUCUGGCCCGGAGGCCUCUUCUGGACCAGGAAGCUCUCCACGUAUCUCAGACUGUAUGGGAGAAAAUUUAGUAAAGAAGAUCAUGUCCUUUUUAUCAAGCUCUUAUAUGAAUUAGUAACUAUACCAAAGUUGGAGAUCAGCAUGAUGCAAGGUUUUGCACGUCUUUUGAUCAGCCUGUUGAAGAAAAAAGAACUUCUUUCAAGAGAAGAUCUAGAAUUACCGUGGAGGCCCCUUUAUGAAAUGCUGGAACGGAUAUUAUACUCUAAGACAGAACAUCUUGGAUUAAAUUGGUUUCCAAACUCUGUAGAAAGUGUUUUGAAAACUCUUGUGAAAAACUGCAGACCGUAUUUUCCAGAAAAUGCUACAGCAGAGAUGUUAGAUGAAUGGCGACCAUUAAUGUGUCCCUUUGAUGUUACCAUGCAGAAGGCCAUCACUUACUUUGAACUGUUUCUGCCUACCACUCUUCCUCCAGAACUUCAUGAUAAGAGUUUUAAGCUCUGGUUUGAUGAGUUUCUAGGCCUUUGGGUUUCAGUUCAAAAUCUUCCACAAUGGGAAGGGCAUCUAGUCAACCUUUUUGCUCGCCUGGCCAGUGACAACAUAGGAUACAUUGACUGGGAUCCCUAUAUUCCAAAGAUAUUUACCAGAAUACUACGAAGUUUGAACCUUCCAGUAGGAAGCAACCAGGUGUUGGUUCCACGAUUCCUAACGAAUGCAUAUGACAUAGGGCAUGCAGUUAUGUGGAUCACAGCAAUGAUGGGUGGACCAAGCAAACUUGUACAGAAGCACUUGUCUGGGUUAUUCAAAAGCAUUGCAUCAUUUUACCACCCCUCAAAUAAUGGACGUUGGUUGAACAAGCUAAUGAAGUUACUUCAGCGGCUGCCCAAUAGUGUUGUCAGACGAUUGCAUCGUGAGCGUUAUAAGAAGAUGACUUGGCUUACUCCUGUGCCUGAUAGCCAUAAACUUACUGACCAGGACAUAACAGACUUUGUAGAAUGUAUUAUUCAGCCUGUCCUUCUGGCCAUGUUCAGCAAAACUGGAAGCCUAGAGGCAGCCCAAGCACUUCAGAACCUUGCACUAAUGCGUCCUGAGUUGGUAAUCCCACCAGUACUUGAAAAAACAUACCCUGCACUGGAGACAUUAACAGAACCUCAUCAACUCACAGCCACCUUAAGCUGUGUAAUUGGAGUAGCUCGUAGCCUGGUAUCUGGGGGCAAGUCAUUUCCUGAAGGUCCAACGCACAUGUUGCCUCUUUUGAUGAGAGCGUUGCCUGGUGUAGAUCCAAAUGACUUUAGCAAAUGCAUGAUCACAUUCCAGUUUAUUGCAACAUUUUCUACUCUUGUGCCUUUAGUAGAUUGUUCAGCUAUAUUACAAGAGAGAAAUAAUCUCACAGAGGUGGAAAGAGAACUGUGCUCUGCUACUGCUGAAUUUGAAGAUUUUGUAUUGCAGUUCAUGGACAGGUGUUUUGGGCUCAUAGAAAGCAGCACAUUGGAGCAAACAAGAGAGGAGACUGAAACUGAAAAGAUGACACAUUUGGAGAGUUUGGUGGAAUUAGGCCUAUCAUCCACUUUCAGCACAAUCCUUACACAGUGUUCAAAAGAUAUAUUCAAGGUUGCCUUGGAGAAGGUUUUCAAUUUUGCUGUUUCCAAUAUAUUUGAGACAAGAGUGGCAGGUCGAAUGGUAGCUGACAUGUGCCGAGCUGCUGUGAAAUGCUGUCCCGAGGAGUCUUUGAAGCUCUUUGUACCUCAUUGCUGCAGUGUUAUAGCACAUCUUACUCUCAAUGAUGAUGUAUUGUGUGAUGAAGAAUUAGAUAAGGAGCUGCUCUGGAACCUUCAGCUUUUGUCAGAGAUUACUCGUGUGGAUGGGAAGAAGUUGCUGCCAUACAGGGAGCAGCUUUUGAAGAUUCUGCAGCGAACCCUCCAUUUAACCUGUAAGCAGGGUUACAUUCUGUCUUGUAACCUACUGCACCAUCUUCUUCGUUCUACUACACUUAUCUACCCCACAGAAUACUGCAGUGUGCCAGGUGGCUUUGACAAGCCUCUUUCUGAAUACUUUCCUAUCAAGGAUUGGGGUAAACCUGGUGACCUAUGGAACCUUGACAUCCAGUGGCAUGUUCCAUCUGCUGAAGAGAUGACUUUUGCUUUUGACUUGCUGGAUUCUUUUCUCCAGCCAGAGCUUGACAAAUUAUCACAAUAUGCUGAUGGAACUCUUGAAAUGUCCAGAGAUGAUGUGCAGCAGUGUCUUACAAUAGUACACAAUUGCCUAAUCGGUUCAGGAAACAUUCUUCCACCACUGAAAGGAGAAAGAGUAGCUCACCUGGUUCCAACUCUUGUGUCUUUAGAAGAGAUUAAACUUUAUACUGGUGUUGAUUAUGAUUUGUCAAGAGAGAAUUACAGAGAAACAAUCAGCACAGUCACGAGAAAGCUUCUGAAUUAUGUACUUGAGAACUCAGAAGAUGACACUAAAUCUUUGUUCCUCAUCAUAAAGAUUAUUGGUGACCUUUUACAUUUCCAAGGGUCACAUAAGCAUGAAUUUGAUUCACGGUGGAAGAGCUUUAACUUGGUGAAGAAAUCAAUGGAGAACAAGCUUCAAGGCAAGAAACAGCAUAUCAGAGCAUUGCUAAUUGAUAGAGUCAUGUUGCAGCAUGAGCUAAGAACACUUACCGUUGAAGGCUGUGAAUAUAAAAAAGUACACCAGGACUUGAUUAGGGACCUUCUGCGUCUGUCCACAAGUUCGUAUGGCCAGGUUAGAAACAAAGCUCAGCAAGCAUUCUUCACUGCUCUGGGGACAUAUAACUUCUGUUGCAGGGACAUAAUUCCUCUGGUUCUGGAGUUUUUGAGACCUGACAGACAUGAUGUCACCCAGCAACAGUUUAAAGGUGCCUUGUAUUGCCUUCUUGGAAACCAUAGUGGAGUGUGUCUAGCAAAUCUUCAUGACUGGGACUGCAUUGUUCAAACUUGGCCUGCAAUUGUCUCUUCUGGACUCAGCAAAGCAAUGUCUCUGGAAAAACCAUCCAUCGUUAGACUGUUUGAUGACCUUGCAGAGAAGAUACAUCGGCAAUAUGAAACAAUAGGACUGGACUUUACAGUUCCAGAAAAAUGUGUUGAGGUUGCUGUCCUUAUGCAGAAAUCCAGCGAUCUGCACAAUGGCUGGACAAGCCUUAGUUCAGAGGAGAUUCAGUUGGGAAUUCAGCGACAGAAAGAAAGGAAUGUUGAGUCCUCUCAAAACUAUGAAAACUUGGUUAACAAGCUCUUAGAUUGUGUGGAUCAAAGAAAUCUACCUUGGAAGUUUGAGCACAUUGGCAUUGGUUUUCUGUCCUUGCUCUUAAGAGAUGACAGGGUGUUACCUGUGAGAGCCAUAAAAUUCUUUGUGGAAUGUCUCAAUCAUGAUGCCCUAGUUGUUCGCAAGAUGGCAAUCUCUGCUGUGGCUGGCAUCCUUAAGCAGUUAAAGAGACCUCACAAAAAGGUGCCCAUGUGUCCUUUCCAAAUCAGUGGAGCUGCUCAUCCUUCUACUAUCCAGGCUGGUGACAGACCUGAUAACCAGUGGUUGCAUUAUGAAAUCGCCAAUUUACCAAAGACAAAACAGGCUUGGGAGACCUGCCAUUUUGUGGAAAAAACACACUGGGGAUACUACACCUGGCCUCAAAAUAUGGAAAUCUAUGCUUCAGCAGAAGAGCAACCAAAGCUUGGAAGGAGUAGAAAGGAACUUUCAGAGGCAGAACAAGUAAUUUAUGAUCACUUUUCUGAUCCAAAAUUUGUUGAGCAGUUAAUCAAGUUUCUUUCUUUAGAAGAUAGAAAAGGAAAAGAUAAAUUCAAUCCUCGCAGAUUUUGCCUCUUCAAGGGCUUGUUCAGAAACUUUGAUGAUGCUUUUUUGCCUGUACUGAAACCACACUUGGAACGUCUUGCUGUAGAUUCCCAUGAAAGUACCCAGCGCUGUGUGGCUGAAAUUAUAGCUGGCUUAAUAAGAGGGUCUAAACACUGGACAUUUGAGAAGGUGGAGAAUCUCUGGAAAGUUCUCUGUCCACUUCUAAGAACAGCUUUAUCCAACAUUACAGUAGAAACAUAUAACGACUGGGGGGCAUGUAUAGCAACAUCAUGUGAGAGCAGAGAUCCCCGGAAGCUGCACUGGUUGUUUGAAUUGUUGUUGGAGUCUCCUUUGAGUGGUGAAGGAGGGUCAUUUGUUGACGCAUGUCGUCUGUAUGUGCUCCAAGGGGGGCUUGCACAGCAAGAAUGGCGAGUCCCAGAGCUGCUGCACAGAUUGCUGAAGUACCUGGAACCUAAACUCACCCAAGUUUACAAAAAUGUCAGAGAGAGGAUAGGAAGUGUUUUGACAUACAUCUUCAUGAUAGAUGUUUCCUUACCAAAUACUGCUCCAACAAAAUCUCCCCAUGUGCAUGAAUUCACUUCCCGAAUACUUGAAAAACUCAAACCCCUUAUGGAAGUGGAUGAAGAAAUCCAGAAUCAUGUUAUGGAAGAGAAUGGAAUUGGAGAUGAAGAUGAGCGAACUCAGGGCAUUAAACUCUUGAAAACCAUUUUGAAGUGGUUGAUGGCAAGCGCAGGGAGAGCCUUCUCCACAGCUGUUACAGAACAGCUUCAGCUUUUACCAUUAUUUUUCAAGAUUGCACCUGUAGAAAAUGAUAAUAGCUAUGAUGAAUUGAAGAGAGAUGCUAAAAUGUGCUUAUCAUUAAUGUCUCAGGGAUUGCUGUAUCCCCAACAAGUGCCUUCGGUACUUCAGGUGCUAAAACAAACCGCAAAGAGUAGUUCCUGGCAUGCUAGGUACACAGUGCUAACCUACCUCCAGACCAUGGUAUUUUAUAAUCUUUUUAUCUUCCUAAACAAUGAAGAAGCAGUAGAUGACAUCAGAUGGCUGGUUAUAAAACUACUUGAAGAUGAACAGCUUGAGGUCAGAGAGAUGGCAGCCACUACACUGAGUGGCCUCCUCCAGUGCCACUUCCUGGCAAUUGAUGACCCAAUGCAGACUCACUUCGAGCAGCUUUGUAAGAGGAGACUCCCAAAGAAGAGAAAACGAGAUCUCAGCACAGUAGUGGAUACCAUCCCUCCAGCAGACUUGGUUAAGCGUCAUGCUGGUGUGCUUGGACUUAGUGCAUGUAUUCUGUCCAGCCCUUAUGAUGUACCCACUUGGAUGCCUCAGCUUUUGAUGGAUCUUAGUGCCCAUCUGAAUGAUCCUCAGCCUAUUGAGAUGACAGUAAAGAAAACCUUGUCUAACUUCCGGAGGACCCACCAUGAUAACUGGCAGGAGCACAAGCAACAGUUCACGGAUGACCAGCUGCUGGUCCUUACUGAUCUCUUGGUAUCGCCAUGCUAUUAUGCAUGAUGUGGUGAGAUUUUGUUGUGAAAUCUAUCGCAUUGUGGAAUCUUUGGCUAAAGAAACUUCUUUGGAAAGCUCUCCAACAUGCCCAGUUGAGCAUAACAGAAAGCCAGCUCUCAAACUGUGCCUACUGAUUUUUACACACAUUAAAGUCAAAUAAUAAGGGAGUGAUACAGUAUUUUCCCUCUCUCCUGGAAUCUCUCUGGAAAGUUCAGUUCAAAAUCUAAGAAUAACAAAAUAGUUAGGAUUAAAAGUGAUAAGCAACAGCAACACUGGGCUUUGAGUAAUGGUCUGGUUAUUAAUGGCCAUGUGUUAUUAGGAGUGGGGAAAAAUUGCUCACAUUAGUGUGUGUGUGUGUGUGUGUGUGUGUGUGUGUGUGUGUGUGUGUCUGCGCGCACAUACACAAUAUUUUUGAUUAUUUUCAAAAGAGAAUCACAUGUACAGAAGCCUUCCAAAAAUGUGGUUCUCUUUUGAAAUGAGAUGCACAGACUUAGAGCAAAAUAAUGGUAAUGGGCUUCUUUAACAUCUGCCACUAACUUUUGGUUGUGUGCAGGCAAAGGUGCUCCCCAUGGUGGGUUCAAAAGAAGGAACUGGCCCCUGGAACCACUGACAUUGCAGAUCCCUGUCCUUAAUCAGUGACUAUAUGUAAGAAAGGCCACCUUCUCUGGCCUAGAAUCACAGAGAAGGAAAGAGCAUACCACCUUUGACUGGUAGCCUCCUACUGGCAGUGAUGCUGGCUUUGUCUUUGAUAUUCCCCAUGUUUCCAGUGAAUGAAGGACCCGUGUUUUCAACCACACACACUGUCUUGCUCUGCAGAAACUUCUCCUUGUCAAGAGAGGCAGAGAAAUGACUGGCUAGAUUCAUGCCUUCUUUUUUUGGCUGUUGUGCAUCCCUGGUCUUUUUUGGCCUUGAGAAGGAGAACACCAGGGAUGAUUAGUGACAGGCAUUUCUCAGUCCAGCCCUGCCUGCCAAAUCCUUAGGACAGCCAAAUAUCCCCCUUUUCUUUCGAAAUGCAGGUGGCAGGUCUCCUUCUGUCAUUUUUAUUUUUUCCUUUCUCCAUCCUCUCUUGUAGGUUCAAAGAAAAAUGAGGGCUUACUACCAUUCCUGCAGAAAUAAAGGAAACUCAAAACUAAUUUAUUGUCAAUAGAACCCAUUUGGAUUUGGUAACUGAGGAUUAAGACUGGAAUCCCUUUUUUAAUAAAUGUAUAUGUUAAGAAUCUGUGGGGAGGACUGAGAAUUUCUCUUCCACUGAGGAGAGGGGCUGUACCAGUGUAACAAGUCUCCGUGUUUGACAGCCCAAUCAUGAUUCCUCCCCAUACCUUCAUGCAAAUGCCUUGUGUUAACAUAAAGGCCUACCUUUUUCCUUCUCAUGUUCAAUGGCUAAUGGUGCAAUUUUCUCUUCCUCACCUUGUGUACUUCCCACCUUGGUCACUCAUUACAUAAAUGGACCGUUGAGCAUAUGAUCUACAAUGCUGGGUGCCUAGAUUCUUCAUCUGAUCUGUCCACAGCUGUGUGCACCCAUGAGCUGCUGACUACAUGCUUCUAUGAACAGGCCAGAAGCAUUCUUCACUUUUUGAAAAAGAUUUCUGCCCUUGUUUUCAACUCCCAUGCAAUAUCAGGCUAUGCAGAACUUUGAGCUGGAUUCCUUUUUUAUGUCUUGUCCUUUGAGAAAAUUUCUUUAUUCCUUGUUGUUGUUUAAAACUCUGCAAUAGAGAGAUGUGCUUUCUAUUGCCAGGCUUUUCAGUCAAGUCCUCCACUUUCCUCUGUCUUUGUAGGUGGCAGUUUGUUUUUUUCUUUCUCGUUUGACAGAGCCUGUGGAUAACAAUGUCUCUUAACUGUAGUUUUAUUUCAGAGAACAAAGAAUUUGUAUAUAUGUUAAUAAUGAGUGGCUAAACCCUUUUUGAAUACAAUGUUCACUGUUUGCUAGUCCCCCAUCUUUCCAUUCACUCACCCUGCCCAUGCUGGAAUAAAUAUUUAACUUGCAUUUUUUAAAAAAAAGAUAUAAGUACUGUAUCUCUCCCCCUCCCUUUCCAUUCAAAGUCCUUUUUGGUCUGCAUCUCUGGUGGGCUACCAGUUGUUUAAUUCACAACAUGAUCAGUAUGUAUUACAUAGAUGUAAAAGACUGUAUAAAUUGUAGAGGCACUGCACUGGCAAAGCACUGUAUAGUUUUGGGGCACAGGGGAAUCACAUAAUCCAUUUGUGAGAUUAACUUGUAAAGAAUCACACACUUAGGUGUUACUCUAGUGCUUUCAGCUUUUGUAUCUGAUACAAAUGCCAAUUUCUUCUGGUUUUUAAUACCCCGCAUUCCCAUUAAUAAGGUAAAUCACCUUUAUCAGGUAACUUUAGUUUAAGGCUUGAUUUUCAUUUAUUCGUCAGUAUGUUGAUUUUUUUCUUUUUUUACCAUGCAGUUUCUGCCCCCUCCCUUUUUGGGAUGCAAGCAGUGGCAUAUUCUGAUGUGUGAUAAAUUAUAGAGUGCAAGAAUACAUUCUUUGUUUUGGGGGGGGGAAUCUGAGAAUUGUGUGUUGUUCAUCUUUCUGCACAUCCUGUACUUUGUUUUUUUUGUAAAAACAGGAAUAUAAUUCCUUUUUCAGUUAUCGUCCUGCUGGGAAAACCAUACCAAGUUUUUUAAAGCACAGCAGCACAGUAUCUCCUGAGAGAUGACAUGCAGAAAUAACUAAUGUAUAGUGUAGUGCCAAAAUGCCUCCUCCUCCUUUCAGUUGUAUACCUAGAUUAAAGCUGAAUAAAUGAAUUGUUUGUAAGAUC